AUGCUCCGCGGCUAGCCUGAACACAGAACUGUCAAGCAACACAAACGCCAUCUUGACAGCAGCCUCAAAAUGGAAGAGAGAUGAGAACUCAAAGCCGAACCCGGAAUAAAAUUCAAUGUCGGCACUUUUGAAAGCCGCAUUUGCCGUUUUGGUGCUAGUCGAGCGGUUAUGGGCUUGAUAGCCGCUGCGGCGACACGGAGCUUUUAACAAUGGAUAUAACGACGGCGGUGUUCAACGCGGCCAGAGAUGGUAAGCUGAAACUUAUCCAGAAGUUGCUGAGCAACAAAACUCCCGAAGAGCUCGAGGCUUUGGCCGAAGAGAAGACACAGGGAGGCACCCCUCUCUUGAUAGCGUCGCGAUACGGACAUUUAGAUGUCGUCGACUACCUCCUUGUACAUUGCAAAGCCAACGUGGAACUCGGAGGCUCGGUCAACUUUGACGGCGAAACUAUCGAGGGGGCUCCUCCGUUGUGGGCGGCGUCGGCGGCCGGCCACCUUCCGGUGGUCAAGACGCUUCUUAAACACGGCGCCUCGGUGAACAACGCCACGCUCACAAACUCCACUCCCCUCCGAGCCGCCUGCUUCGACGGCCACUUGGAAAUCGUCCGCUACCUGGUGGAACACAGAGCUGACAUGGAGGUGGCCAACAGACAUGGCCACACCUGUCUCAUGAUCUCCUGCUACAAGGGCCACAAGGACAUCGCCAAGUUCUUACUGGACCGCGGUGCCGACGUCAACCGUAAGAGCGUCAAAGGCAACACGGCCCUCCACGACUGCGCCGAAUCCGGCAGCUUGGACAUCAUGAAGAUGUUGCUGAAGUGUAGCGCCCGUAUGGAGCGGGACGGCUACGGGAUGACCCCGCUCCUGGCCGCCAGCGUGACUGGACACACCAACAUCGUGGAGUACUUGGCCCACCAGCCUCGCGCUUCCAGGGAAGAACGAAUAGACGCGUUGGAACUGCUGGGAGCCACUUUCGUGGACAAGAAACGUGAUCUUCUGGGGGCCAUGAAGUACUGGAGACGAGCCAUGGAGCUGAGGCAGCCGGGGGAAAAAGCCGGGUGCUUGAGCAAGCCCCCUCCCGGGCCGCCCGUCCCCGCGUACGGCUGCGCGCGGGAGGUCAACAACUCCCAAGAACUGGAAGCGCUGAUCACCGACCCCGAUGAGAUGAGGAUGCAGGCCUUGCUGGUCCGCGAGCGCAUCCUGGGCCCGUCCCACCCGGACACCUCCUACUACAUCCGCUACAGAGGGGCGGUCUACGCCGACUCAGGCAAUUUCGAAAGGUGCAUCAGCUUGUGGAAAUACGCUUUGGAUAUGCAGCAAAACAACUUGGAUCCCCUCAGCCCCAUGACGGCCUCCAGUUUCCUGUCCUUUGCCGAGCUCUUCUCCUUCGUGCUCCAGGACCGCGCCAAGGGCACCAUGGCCACGCGCGUUACCUUCCACGACCUGAUGACGGUGUUGGGCAAAAGCGUGCGAGAGGUGGAGCGAGCUGUGGCGCAGAAGGACAAUCCGCCGGAAGCUCCUCAGUUCACCAAAGCGCUGGCCAUCAUCCUCCAUCUCAUCUUCCUGCUGGAAAAGCUGGAGUGCAACCCGGAGCAGGAGCACCAGAAGAAGCACACCGUCUACCGUCUGCUCAAGCUGAACCCCCGCGGCCGCUGCGGUUACACGCCGCUCCAUAUGGCGGCCGACAAGGAGACCACCUCGGUGGGCCGUUACCCGGUGGGCCGCUUCCCCUCGCGGGCGGUGGCGGCACUGCUGCUGGAGUGCGGCGCCGACGUGGACGCGCGGGACUGCGACAACAACACGCCGCUACACGUGGCCGCCUGCAACGGCUGCCCGGAGAUUAUGGCGCUGCUGGUCAAGGCCGGCGCGCACUUCGACGCCACCAACGCACAGAGGAAGGCGCCCUACCAGCUUUUAGAAGAGCACAAUAUCGGACACCCGGCGCUCUGCCCGCUUAACUACGUCACCCUUCAGUGCCUGGCCGCUCGCGCCGUGGAAAAGCACAAACUUCCUUACAGGGGGCUCAUCUCGGAGGAGAUGGAAGCGUUUAUCGAGCUGCACUGACCUUUUUUUUUCCCUUCAGGGCUGCCACGAUCUGUUAUUUUGAUAGUCGCCAAUUCUUUUUGAUAGACUUCAGCUGUGAAUUGAAGAGGUUAUCACUGCUAGACGUCCGAUCCACUCUUCAAAUGGAUCGGACGUCUAGCGCCGUCAAUGGUGGACAAUGUGUUAAGAUGGGAAAGUGCAUUAGAAUUUUAAAAAAAUGGACAAGGAGUAGUAUGUAGGUGUACAGUAUCAUUGUUUUUCAAAGUAAAAACAUCUUGAGUCUUGACAAAGAAUCCUCUGCUUUAAAGUCUACUGAAAUCAGAAAAUAAUGACUGUUUUCUUUUUUUUUCUAUUAUAAAAAUUAAAUCAUAAAAAUGUACAACCACAGACUUCAUGAUGAUAUUGACGGGGCGCGGGGCCGAUUAAUAGGGGGCCUAUCUUCGUCAAAACUGACCGAGUGGAAACGCAGACAAAGAGCUUUUGACGUUGAAAAUUCUUGUGAAUAAAUCCUUAAAUGCCUGAAUUCCUUAUAGAUAUGGACGUCAAACAGUCUUGAUUCUUCGUUGAAAGCAAAAAAAAAAACGUGCAGUUAGUAUUUUACGACAAUGCAGAGGCGUAGGUUUGCAUGGGGACGCUAGGGACAUAACUGUAGCAACUUUUCAGCAUGCUUAAUUUAAACAGUCCCCACCAACUUUUAAGCAACCUUAUUUGCAUGAUAUAAAGAGUUCAGUUAUAUAGGUAAUUUAGAUUGUCAUGCCGCCUCCUCCAGAGAGUAAAGAUAUUAGAAGGUUUUUUUUUUUUUUCGGACAGCAGCAGCCACUGUAAAUCAUCCGAUGUCAAUGUUGUGGAAGUGGAGGAAACACCAGUGAUUUUGCUACUGAAAGUCCGACCUGCAUCAGCUGCAAAACUACUGUGGGCAGGCCAGCCUCCACAAGGAACAACGAAGUCAAGCUAGCCGUCUCUUAUUUGGAUCAUUGUUUGCAUUAUGUGCAUUACGGUAAUCUCGUCCCUACCAAAGGGAGAGACGAGACCAAACCUACUCCCUAGGUCGAAUGUCCUGCUAGUCUUUGUCACUUUGGCACCGCCUUACCACCCCAAGGAGCUGAAUAUUUUACAUAAAUAUGUCGAAUGUGCUGCUCGUCUUUAAGUCACUGUGGCGCCACCUUGUCACGACAAAGAGCUUUUUGUGUUGAAAUUCUUGUGAAUAAAUGCUUAAAUCCCUGAAUUCUUUAUAGAUAUAGAUAUGGACGUAAAUUAGUCUCGAUUCUUGGUUAAAAGCGACCAAAAACAAACAAACGAGCAGUUAGCAUUUAUUUUACGUAAAUAUUGCGGACUACGACACCAAUGCAAUAGUGGUUAAUUUCUCCCAUUGAUUUUUUUCACAACAUUUCAAAAUGUAUGCAUGGUACGAAAAAUAAAAUAAUUACCUUGAAUCUUCGAACAAAUCACUCCUGAGACAAUCCUUCUUGUUUGUAUGUAGUACAAGUAGUUGUAUGUACAGCUGAUGUGGGCAGGCCCCCUACUUGGAGGCGCGGCGCAGUGUAUGACUCGUGACCCGUCAAUACAAUUAUGAAGUCUAUGGUAUAACUCAAAGCAAGUAGUGUUUUUUAAUUUAAAAAAGGAAUUGUAAUGUUUUUUUUUGUCAUUUAAUACAAAAAUACAAUUACCAAUAUCAACCUAUUUUUGUCUUCAAAAAAUGUUUUUUGUAUUAAAAACAGCGAUAAAUAUACAAAAUUACACAUGACAUUUUUUUUUUUUUUAAAAUCAAUAUUUUUCCCAAAAAUUAAAACGUAAAAAAAAAUCCAUAUUUUUUAAUUAAAUAUGUUAAAUAUAAAUGUGAUAAUUCACUAUCAACCUACCCAAUGCCAUGACGGUGUUAUACGUCCAGUCCAUUUGGGCUGGGAGGGUUGGCAGCUGAUGAAAGAAUGUUCAUUGGCUGCCAGCCUCCUAGUUCAAAUGGAUAGGAAGUAUACUAGUGAUACAAAUUGACAGCAGAACGAUGAUUGGACACCACAUUAUUGGAUGCCUGUCAUUGUCAGUGUCACAGAGUUAAGCUCAAAAAAUAUGAAUUAGACAGUUAUCAGGUCAACUUGUCUCUAAACUAUUUGACUAUCAAAAUAAUAGCGGAUUAAUCUGCUAAUCUAUUAAUUCUCGAUUAAUCGUGGCAGCCCUGCCCUGCUUGGCAUCAGACUUGCUUUCCUCGUUUGUCCCUCCUUUGCUAGCCCAGCAUUUAACAAAAACUCGCGUGAACGACCACAAAGCACGACACUUCAAACGACUGCGAUUAUUAUUUGUCGGAUAUUCCGAACGGGUGAUCUGACAAAACCGACCAGUCUUGUUUGUAUUUAUUGCUUUUGCUCUGUUCCUGUGUGAUGAUGUGAAAAUAUUCACUGUGCCAAAUUUGAAGAAGAAUUAAGAUACCUCAGGUCAUUUUUGUGAGAAAACGUUGUAAAAACUGGAGCUGUCACGAUGAAUUGACUAAUCGGGAAUUAUUUAAAGUUGGUUGAACUAAAAGUCCAAAUUCUUAUCCUCAGUGUUUGCUUCCAGUUUACAAUUUCAGCUAAAAUGUUGCACCCAGAGUAAUAUAAUGUUUAAUAACAUAUGAGCUGAUUAGUCGACGAUCAAAAUAGUCGUUUGUGGCAGCCCUAGUACAGGCUAUGAAGUGUUGCUAACUUCCUCUUUCUAACUCGUAAGAACAUGUUUGCCAGACACCGCCUGAAUAAAAUUCAGUAUGGCAGCAGGAGUUUUUUUUGUGGUGUUCAUACCUCAGAUUCUGUCGUUUUGAUGUGAAAAUGAGUAAUUUUGCCAAUUUCUGCCAAAUAGACAUCAAAGUAUGCUGAUAUGAACUAUAAAAUUGCCGUGAAUAAUCAACCAAAUGACAACUAAUCGAUGAUCGAAUGAUAGUUCUGGAAUCCUGUAGAAACAUUCAUGACCAAAGCAUAGUCAAAAUCCCGCUUUUUGAGCCUCUUGAUAAUAAAAAUAUAUGGCGGAAAACACUCAGGUGGUUUGGAAGUUCCGCUCUGAGACCCCCCCCCCCCCCCCCCCCAAUUAGUCCAAAUUACAAAAUUGUCCUAUAUCCAUGUGUGAUACAUCAUUGGAAAGCGUAAAAUCUCAAUUUUCUGGGGGAGAACAUUUUGAACAGAAGGGCAAUUUUUUUUUUUUUUAUUUAACCCCUAAACCCUAUCGAGUUGAGAGCAUGAGAGAGCAUAAUUGAAGACACCAUGAUUUUAACGAGAUAUUAUCACAUACCUUGUUUCGAUCCAAAAAUGCCAUGCAGCAUGUUUCACCGAGUGUCAAGGCACAGCUGUGAAUGGCCGCACCCGGUGUUUUCAGGAAUUUUAUGGUUGAAAUACGGUAAUAUAACAGGCGUCAUAUGCAGAAACCGCAGACAUCAAGGAGUGGUUGAGAUUUUCUUUUUCAAAUAUUUACCCUUUUAACCCCCCACCCCCAUGUUUUCUUUGUUUGGAUCAAUUAUCUAAAAUAUCGGGGGAAAUGUGACAUUAUAAACAACAACAAAAAAAUACAAUUAAGCGAAGUGGUGGUUAAGUGGUGUCUAUAAACGGGGGUCUCCAGGGUAAAACGGACAAAAAUAGUUCGGAGGUUUAAUGCGCCAUGAAACUUCUAUGGCAGCAUAUAGACAUAUUGUUCUAUCAAACACAACAGUUCUUUUGGCUUAAAGUACAGCAGUUUAUUUUAAAGAGGGGUGCAAGAACAGAAACUGCUUUUUCAGCCUUGUCUCUGUUUUCUCCCAUAUAGAUAAACAACCACAAUGGGAGAACAGUAAACUCCCAUAUAGCAAAUUAAAAUUGAUCAGCCUAUAAAGACACUCAUUCUCCAAGAUAAAAAAAAUACAUAAAGUUAAUUUUUAACCUGGGAAUUUGGCCCACCAUCAGACGCAAAUUUAGAAAACAUUGUCAUUCGUCUGUGCUGAUUUUUUUUGUUUGUUUGUUUUUGCUGCUAUGCUUUUUUUUUUGGUAUUGAGAUAUUAAUUUUGAGUAAUGACGUCACGCCCUCCCCCGCACAUUAAAUGUAAUGGACCCAAAAUGGUGCCAUUCAUUUAUGCUCCGUUUGUGCUAUAAUUUUUUUUCUUUGUGCUGCUGUCGUUUUAUACAUAUUGAGAUAUUAAUUUUGAGUGAUUAAGUCAACCGCAGCACCUCCGUCACGGCUGACGUAGCGUCCCAACAACCAGGGGCGCCGUAUAGGGGUGAAAAGUGAUACUGAUUCUCAGGGCCCAUGCCCUGAUGGGGACCCACAAAGAAAAUUUGAACAUUAGGUAAUCAUUUGCAAACUUAAAUAUUAAA